AGGGAGGCUAUUGAACAGCAUAAAGUCCUAAAAACCAAGCAGCUUACCAAAGUAGAAGUGAAAACUUUUAAUUUCAGGGGCUGCCAGCGUCACCACAGUAAUUCAAGCAGGGCUCGUAUGGGAAGAAAAUAGUUUUUCUAUAGUAGGGUUUUCAUGUCUUUUCAGUGGAGGACCACUUAACACAGGAGAACUGUGGGUACUAAUUACACUAUCAGCCGAAACAUGACCCGCUUCCUCUGGCGUGUCUGUGAUAGUGUGUCAUAAUUGACCAUUGUGUUGUUAAGAGUACUCGCCCCCUCUUACCACGAACAAUUAGCAUUGUCAUGGUUACAAGAGAUGGGAUCCCAGUGGAUGAUUCCUCGGUGAAACCAACUCACACACAUGAACGAACACCAAUUACUCAUCUGAGCUGCUCUCGACAAGGCACUCUGGGGCACAAGCAGCUUCUGAAAUAAUUUAGCUGUCAUUUUAGUAGAAGUGGAAACCUGUGUGUGUGCGUCUGAAGAAAUAAAACGGCUCCAGAGACAAGAUGCCCCUUAAAGCCGUCGUGUUGCUUCUAGCAGUGGUGUGUGUGUGGUGUGUAGAGGAGUGUGCGUGUUUUCCCAACGGCUCGGUGGCGUUCUCCUGUGGCAACAUGAUGCCUGUACAUCCACCUUUCAGCCCCUCCACCAGCAGCCCACCGUUCACACUGACUACAUCCAGCAGCACCUACACACCUGGCGGAGUCAUUUCAGUGACGGUGGAAGCGGUUCAGAACAGCUCCACAGAGUUCCAGGGUUUCCUGUUACAGGCCAGGAGCAGGGAGGGAAACGCUCUGCUAUGGCCUGUGGGAAAGUUCACCAACAUCGACACCACCCUGUUUACUGCACUGCACUGUAAAAACAUGAAGAACUCUACCGUCAGUCAGGCUUCAGGAGCUAAGAGGAAGAAAGUCCAGCUGACCUGGGAGGCACCUAGCAACAGUAACUAUGGAGAUAUCUACUUCAGUGUCAGUGUGGUCCAGGACUACACGACAUUCUGGGUCCAGCUGAACAGCAGCGCUCUGAGACUGGACAGCAGUGGGAACUCUGCAGCCGGAGUCUUUUCCCCCUCAGCUCUGCUCCUCAUCACUCUGCUGAGUCUUUCUGCCAACUCUUGACGCACACACACACAUGAAAUAGUUACGUGGGAUCCCUUUUCGACAACGUUUUUCCAGUCAGAACAAGCCACGCUAACUUAUCCAGUUAUGUCUUUUUGCACUGGCUGCUGUCCAGUGUUAUUUUCUUGUAGAGUUUAAACAGAAAACCUCAGUGUCGUGUUAGAGAAAAUCCUGUGUCUGUAAAACUGAAGCUCACCUCAAAAUGGAAGUGGAUGUGUGUGUGUUUUAAAUAAAUCAUAUUUAAAAAGCACAAACAAGUCGUAGAAGU